UCAGGGUCCAUUGAGAUCCCUACCCUUGUCCGCAUUGCCUAGCUGCCUGCCCUCUUCGUCCUCGGUGCGCGAUCUCGCCGCCGAGCUGCGCGACGAGCCAGCUCCAUCCGUCCCCCAACACCUGUCCCCCGUGCGCCCAAAAUCGCCCCUCCCUUUCGUGUCCCAGAGAGCACCGCCUCCCCGCGCCGGUCGCCGCCUCGCACCCGAUCGCCCAUGCCCGCCUCGGCGCCUCCUCCCGCCGAGCCUGCGGCGGCGGCGCCUACUCCGGCUUCUCCCGCGGCUACGGAGGAGGCGGAGGUGUCGGGCGGCUCCCCCUCGAGGGCUGCGGCGGUGGGGACGGUGAACUGGGGUACGGCCACCCUCGUUGGAGUCUUCACCGGGCUGCUCUAUGGCGGUAGCAGGGAGGCCAGCGCCUCCGUCAGCAAGGAUGCCGAAGUGAUGUUGAAGAUGGGAAGCACCACAGACAAGCGCGAACAGUAUAGAUUGAUGAGAGAUGCAAUGGAAAAAAGGUUCAUCCGGAUUGCCAAAGGCUCACUAGUUGGCGGUGUUCGCCUUGGGAUGUUUACUGCCACAUUCUUUGGCAUACAGAACCUUCUUAUUGAGAAUCGUGGGGUACAUGAUGUCUUCAACAUUGCUGGAGCUGGCUCAGCUACGGCGGCUACUUUUGGGCUUAUCUUGCCAGGUUCAAUGAUGUGGCGUGCAAGGAAUGUACUUGUCGGAUCUGCUCUUGGUGCUGGAAUCGGCUUUCCCCUUGGCUGGAUACAGUUGAAGCUUGCAGAAAAGGCCAAUCUUGGGGUUGCAAAUUUGAAAUCAUCAUCCGAUUUGACAGAGAAGAAAGGAAACCAAAGCCGUGUGGGUGCUGCUAUAGAACGACUUGAGCUCAGUCUGAAGAAGUAACAUUUACCUUCAAUGGCCCUUUUCUUCUUUGUAAGUUCCAUUAAAUGUAGCAAUUACAAUAAUUGGGCUCCACUGACUCAAUACCUCUUAGUGUUGCCUUUCUUUUUCUUGUUUUGCUGUACUUUUCAUGUUAAUGUCAUCAAAAUUGAUGUAUGGCAGUUUUGAUGUAGAACACGACUUGCCUGAUCUGGGUUGUUCUGCGUUCAAUUUUAUUUCAUAAAAUGUACAUGAUAUCACGUCAA